AUGAUGGUUGACGUUGAUGAGGAUGUUGUGUUAGAAGAACAUACAGAUGAUGAAAUGAGACCACUUGUUGAUGAAUUAAAAUUACAAGGUCAAGUUGCAGAUGAACCAUUUGAUAAUGACAUAUCUAAAAAGCAAUCGACAACUGAAGAAAUUGAUAUGAGUAAAAAAAAAUUAACAUCACUUCCAAAAAGAGUUUUCAAUGGACUGGAUUUACUUUGUGAAUUGAAUUUGGAAUCAAAUCAAUUGACACAUCUUGAUGCCAAUGUAUUCACCAACUUGGUCAAUCUCAAUGAAUUAAAAAUCAAUGACAACAAUUUAAAAUCCCUUCCUCAAGAAUUAUUCAAUGGAUUAAAAUCAUUACGUUUUUUGGAUUUGGAAUCAAAUAAACUGAAAGAUCUUGAGCCUAAAAUUUUUAAUAACUUGUCAAAUCUUCAAUAUUUAGAUUUGAAAAAAAAUAAUUUAACAGUUCUUCCAAAAGAAUUAUUCAUUGGCUUGACAUCAUUACAUUGGUUACACUUGGAAUCAAAUGGACUUACAAGUCUUGAACCUGAUAUAUUCAAUGAUUUAUCCAACCUCUACAAACUAAGCUUAAAUAAUAAUAAAUUAACAUCUCUUCCACAAGGUGUAUUUAAUGGAUUGAAAUCUUUAGAAAAAUUAUAUUUACAAACAAACAACCUGAAAAAGAUUGAGCCUGAUACCUUUAAAAAUUUGUCCAAUCUUGAAGAAUUAAAAAUUAAUAGUAACAGUUUAUCGUCACUUCCACAAGAUAUAUUCAGAGGAUUAAAUUCACUGACUUGGUUAGACUUGGAAUCAAAUCAACUGGAAGAUCUUGACUCUAACAUUUUCAUUAAAUUAUCUAUUCCAGAGGAAUUAUUUUUUGGCUUGACAUCACUACGUUGGUUGAAUAUAAAUUAUAAUCAACUGGAAAGUAUUCGCCCUUACACAUUCUUUGCCUUGUCCAAGCUCUGGGAAUUAAAAAUAAAUAAUAAUAAUUUAACAACUCUUCCACAAGAAUUAUUUGAUGGAUUAGAGCUGCUAAAUUCGUUAAAUUUAGAAUCAAAUGAACUCGAUUAUCUUGAGCCUAAUAUCUUUAACACAUUAUCCAAGCUCUACAAAUUAAACAUCAGUCGUAACAGCUUGGCUUAUCUACCACAUGGUAUAUUUGAUGAAUUAAAAUGUCUGAGUCAUUUGUCAUUGGGCUGGAACAAACUGAUUAUUAUUGAGACUGAUAUUUUUGAUAGCUUGCCCAAUCUCAAUGAAUUGAGAAUGAAUAAUAAUAAUUUAACAUAUCUUCCACCAAGAAUAUUCACUCGAUUGGAAUCUCUAACUAUAUUGGAUUUACAUUCAAACAAACUACUAAGUCUUGAGGCUGAAACAUUUAACAAUUUGUCCAAUAUCAUCUAUUUAGAUAUCAGCAAUAAUAAUUUAACAUAUCUUCCACCUGGAGUUUUUGAUGGAUUGAAAUCACUACGUCGUCUAAAUUUGUCAUUAAAUCAAUUGGAUCAUCUCAAGCCUAAUAUUUUCAAUGACUUGACCAAUCUUUAUGAAUUAAAACUCAAUGGUAAUUAUUUAACAAUCCUUUCACAAGAAAUAUUUAAUGGAUUGGAAUCUCUAGAAGAGCUGGAUUUACAAUCAAACAAGCUGACAAACAUUGAGCCUGAUACUUUUAGCAGCUUGGCCAAUCUUAAAGAAUUAGAUUUAAGUCAAAAUAAUUUAACAACUCUUUCACCAGGAGUAUUUAAUGAAUUGAAAUCUUUAAGACAAUUAAAUUUACAAUCAAACAAACUGACAAGUAUUGUGCCAAAUACUUUUCAACACUUGUCCAAACUGGCAUCUUUAAAUAUCAGUGUUAAUAAAUUAACACAUCUUUCACAAGAAAUAUUCAAUGGAUUGGAAAACCUGAUAAACUUGGAUUUGGGAUCCAAUGAACUUACAUGUCUUGAGGCUCAUACUUUUAAAAAUUUUAUCUCAUUUAGAUAA